AAGAGGUAACAUACCAGAGCGUUAGUAUUGUUUAAUUGUACAACUCUUGAGGCUUUCUCGCAUUUUCAAACUGACGCCAACGCAUGGCGGUUCUACCCCAGCUGACCAGUGAGCCGGUACGUGGGGACCGGCGGGAGCCGUCUCUUCAGCGGGUAGAUGUCACUGGGAUGCGGGCUGUCAUAUCGGUGGCUCGCACGCCGAGGGGGAGGUACUCAUUACGGCCGGCUCUCCGUUGCACUUGUCGGGUCCACCUGGAGCCACCGGCCGGCCUCUCUCCUCACGUCACACCGGCCGCUGGUCGUGGUUCGUUCGCGGGCACAAGUAGUCCUGUCAGGCGGCUGUAGCUGGUCGGCGCGAAGUCGAAGUGGAACGUGUGGUUUCUUGUUGAAAUGACAGAAUAAAAACUACAAAAGGUGAUUGUGACGGCUGCUUGGCUUGUGUCUUAUCCGCCGAGCGUGCUGCCUUCCUCCGCCUUUGUGCUCAUGUUUGGCCGCGGAGGUCCUCCCCCUGCGGCGCUGGGCGGAGUUUCAUACCGGACCAGGCGCUCCUUUUGUCGGAUCUCUUUCGACCUGACUCCCCGGGGCUUCGGGGACAAAGAAAAUACACUUUUUGUAUGAGCACAGCCACCAAACGACCGCAGAGUUUGCAGGAGUGCGUGGACUGUGCAUCACAUCCACAGGUACGUGUGUGAGAGAGGACGUGCAGGGGGCGGAGUCAUCUCGACCAAAAGCUGCAUAAUGAAUGGCGGUGGCAUUUCUACGCCUCAGAGCGGCAGACUCAAGAUUGUGACAGACGAGUGGCGUCAGGAGGAUUGUCUGACGUUGUUAGAGAGGAUUCGCAGUCUUCUUCCAGACGGAGACGCAAUGAAGUACAAGACGACAGAGUCGCACUUUGACUGGGACAAAGUCGGCUUUGGAAGCUUCACCGGAGAAAUGUGUCGCCAGAAGUGGAACAAGGUUUCAUCUGAGGUACGCAAGUACAGAACCAUGACAGAGCUCAUCAUGGACGCCAUUGAGUUUGUGAAAUAUCCUUACAAGGGCAAAAAGCUGAAGACACAUCCUGAUUUUCCCAAGAAGCCGCUGACACCAUACUUCAGGUUCUUCAUGGAGAAACGAGCCAAAUACGCCAAAAUCCACCCUGAGAUGAGCAACCUGGACUUGACUAAGAUCUUAUCGAAGAAGUACAAAGAGCUGCCGGAUAAGAAGAAGCAAAAAUAUGUCGCAGAGUUCCAGUGUGAGAAAGAGCAGUUUGAGAAGAACAUGGCUCGAUUCAAACAUGACCAUCCCGAGCUGAUGGAGGAGAGCAAGAAAUCAGACCUCCCUGAGAAACCAAAAACUCCUCAGCAGCUUUGGCACAACCAUGAGAAGAAGACCUACAUGAAGCUUCACCCAGAGGUGACUCAGAAGGAGAUGAAGGACGUGUUGAGGAGACAGUGGUCUCAGUUGUCUGACAAGAAAAGACUCAAGUGGAUCAGCAAAGCUUUGGAGCUCCAGAAGGACUAUGAGGACAACAUGCGAGCAUAUCAUGAAGCUCAUCCAGACGUCACCUCAGACGAUCACGUGCGCUCCGUCCUCACAAAAGCAGAAAGACAGCUGAAGGACAAGUUUGAUGGAAGACCUACUAAACCUCCACCGAACGGAUACUCUCUGUACUGUGCUGAGCUGAUGGUCAACAUGAAGGACGUUCCUAGCACGGAGCGCAUGGUUCUGUGCAGCAAACGCUGGAAGAUGAUGACCCAGAAAGAGAAGGACAUGUUUCAGAAACGCUGUGAACAGAAAAAAAAGCAGUACGACGUGGACUUGCAGCGGUUUCUAGACAGCCUUCCAGAAGAAGAACGAGACCGUGUACUGACUGAGGAGAAGCUGGGUGGAGCCAGGGGGCAGGUGGGCGUAGUCUACAGUCCACACAGAGCCAAGUCACCUCCCAUGAAGGAGGAGGAGCCACAGCUGUGGGUCUCCCCGGGCGCCAAGGAGCAUCGUGACAACAAGAAGACGGCCAAACUUCCUGAGACGCCCAAAACAGCGGAGGAGAUGUGGCAGCACAGCGUGACCGGCGACUUCUUGUCCAAAUGCAGAAGCGACCGCAGGAAAGCUCAAACGGCCAUGGAAGCUGCCUGGAAGUCCAUGGAGAAGAAGGAGAAGAUUCAGUGGAUCAAGAAAGCGGCAGAAGACCAGAAGCGCUAUGAGAGGGAGCUGUUGGAGAGGAGGAUGCUGCCCACGGUACAAAGCCAGAAGAAGCCCAAAUUUGAUGGCGAGCCAAAGAAGCCUCCAGUGAGCGGCUAUCAGAUGUUCUCACAGGAGCUGUUGACCAAUGGCGAGCUCAACCACUUCAGUCUGAAGGAGCGAAUGGUGGAGAUCGGCAAGCGUUGGCAUAAACUGACAGCGGGCCAGAAAGACAAAUACAAGAAGCACGUGGACGAGCAGCAGGGCGAGUACAAAGCAGAGUUGGAGGCGUGGCUUAAGGCUCUGUCUCCGCAGGAUCGGGAAGCCUACAAAGAGUUCUCCUCCUCGAAACGUCGCAGCACGUCAAAGGUUGGCAGCAGUCGUGGAACAAAAGUACAUGUGACAGCGAAGGGUAAGGCGGUGAGCUCCAAGAUCCCGCCCCUUGGAGUGGGGGUAGGCAAACGAGCGAUGGCGUACCGAGCGAAGCAAGACUUGUCUGACUCUGACGAUGACAAGAGCGAAUCGUCUGAUUCCGACGACGAAGAGGAUGAUGAGGAGACAUCAGGAAGCAGCGAGAGCGAAGAUGACGAGAAUGAUGAAGAUGAGGAUGAAGAUGACGAUCAGACAUCUUCAGAGGAAUCCAGUGACUCUGACUCGGACUAGCCCCGCCUCCUCUUUGGAGAGGACAGGCUGUGCUGGCCACGCCUCCUUGUGUGACAAGCAUUGGGGGUGGAGCUUAAGGGAGCAUUUUGUUAUUAUUUUUUUUUAAAUCAGACAGGUAGACAAGGCUUGUCUGAAAACAUGAAUAAGAAAUGCACUUUUUCCUCAUCCUGACAAAUAAAGUUUAUCUACCACA